AUGUCGAAAAUCAAGUUCCUGGCAUUUCAGGGGUGGGAUCUCUUUCUGCGAGUAUAUUUGCCCAUCAGUAGAGCCAACGACGUUUUUGUUGUCUUUUCAGAAGCGGAAGGAUAUACCUGCGAGAUCUGUGGCAAAGUGUUUGCCUGGAAGACUUCCCUGAAGAAGCACAUCGAUGGUAUACAUAAACGUAAGCUUUUGUCUGCCAUAUGUUUAACGGUCUUUGUUAUUCGAUGAAGCCUUUGAGACGCAGUCUUUGUACUUGUUUAGUAGGAUACCUUAUGACACACUUAAUUUGAUGGUACUGUCGAAGUGGUAUGGUCAACAACACAUAGAUUCGGACAAACGUUACUGUUGAAAGAGCCCAGACAGCUUCACACCCCUCUCACACCAUGACCACCGCAUGUCAGGUCAACACGCCCUUCCUUUAUUUGCCCAUUACGCUUGACGCCCGUAGACCGUUUUACUGUUGAACAGUUAAUCUUAAUGCAAUGACCCUGGGUAGUUGUGUAUAAGAGGUGAGUAAAUUUUGUGGCGUCAUAAACUUCCGUAUAUUCCAUCGCUUUCGUCAUUUCCGUAUGUGUAUCUUUCCCCGAGGUCAAGGUUAACAUACCUGUCACGAUAUAUUUUUGGAUAGUCGGUGCAGCCGCGAUUUUUUUUCCUCAAAAGCACGCCGUUUUCCCGCUCAAUGCAUGUCUUAUACAGCGGCCAUCCGUGGAAAACACGGACGGGCGCUACACCUCUCCUUUAUGUCACUUAGGCAUGUAAUAGGCCCUUUGUAGGGCCGUUAGCAUCGCAACAGCAAAGGAAAUUAGAAAAUACGACAGGCCUACCACCUAAGGACAUUGGGAAUUGUUCCUUUACCUCGUCUGUCCGCGCUAUUCGGUCUCUCGUUUACACCGGGACCUGAAAAGCUUUGACGCUGUCGCUUGGCGGUAAAAUCCAUCCACCGUCUUCCUGAUAAUCACUGAGCCGCUCUCUCCCUCAUCUCUGGACGACAAUAGACUGAAAGCGGACGGUUGGAGUCGGUUUUAUUCCCUGAAUGAAUACAGAGACUGUCUCUGAAGUGGUAGAAUGCGAAAUCUGCCUGUGGUGCACUUUAUUCUCUUUUGUGUUGGAUCAUAAGAGUAAAACCCCGGGACAGCGUGACGCAGCAUUAUUUGUUUCACUUUGUCGAAGCCGUUUUCGCGGAGUUCACUUCAAACGGGGAACAGUUUCAUUGGAAAAUGAAAAUGUUUUCUCGCACUUUCUCGAUCGUCCAAGUGUGCACCCCGAACAAGGGAGUUUGUAGUAAAAAUUGUGGAUUUCAGAAAUAAUGUGAAGCAACCGAUAGUAUGUCUGCAGCCUGACAAGUUCAGGGAAAGAGUCAGGAAAUGAGAAACAGUAUCUACAUCGCUUUCAUCGACCUCACAAAGACCCUCGACACUGUUGAGCGAGGUGGACUUGUAGCAGCCGCUCCAGUCCCCCCUUCUCCGGAUCCGUUUUGUCGGUCGAUGGCCCUGACAAUCUUUGACAGACCUCUGACACACGACCACCCCCGCCCGCCAGAACUGGGGCCCCUCCUGUCCAACUGCAGUGACUCCCGGCUGCCUUCACAAACUAUUAUCACCUCACGCGCGUCGGACGACCUGAUUUGAUACCCAUGAGCCCCUGUGAUUAUGCGUCCCCCUUAUCCUCCUCUAAUCCGUCCAAUCUCAUGACCACCACCCAGGCAGUCACCCCCACCUACUGACACAGACUUACACCGCCGCGUAAACUACACACCGCGACUGACGCUCUUCGUGAACAGACGCUUAUCCCUGUUGCAAGCAAACAGCCAACUUACUGCAAUCUGCCCCGGUGUACAGAAUAGAGUAUUCCUUACAGCUCCCUGACUGCUGACAUUAGACGAAGCGAACUUAUUGUGCGUGAUUUAAGUCGAUCUCACAUGCUCGACCGCCACAAAUUGGUGACCCCGACGUGACCGCCACAGACUCUCCGACGCCAUCCGAAGAAUAAGUUGGACCUGUAACAAGUGUCAGUGGAAUUUGCUCCACAGCUGUGGAUGACUUCGAAUAUGGGCGCGAAACACGACCUGAACAAGCAUUAACAUCAACGAUGAAGUUGUGAGCUAGAUCUUUAAAGCCGACCAGGCUUUCGGUAGACUGCGGCGUUCAGUCUGACCUCACGGUCGUAACUUCCUCGACGCAAAAGUGGACGUACAUAGUGCUUUCUCGGUGGCAUCGCACCCGUAAAUUUACCACACCCGGGUGGAAAAGCUGAACCACUUCCACUUGAGCUGUCCUAGGUUCCGUUCGUCUACGGCCGUGUAACCGCUCACCGGAAACGCCGUCGGACAGAAAGGGAUUCGAAAAAUGAAAAUGAGACGACGCCGAUUUUGGGCAACAGAGCAGCAUUUCUCAAGGGCUUCAUUCUAAUAUUGCCGGAAGACGGGGCGGAAACACUUACAUUUUUGACAGAGGACUCUGUGCGAACUACUUAUGCUCGUCGUCGGAUCUAAUUAAAGAAAACUUUUAAAAAGGGGUAGUUUAAUGUUACUAAGUCACUUUAAGACUGUUGGUUGUGGAACACUUAAAGAAACUCACUGCGAUGCCGUUUACUCAGACAGUGCUGAAUCUUAUUUAUUUGCAUUUCAGAACUGCGAAGAUUUACGUGCGAGAUAUGUGGGAAAAUAUUUACGCAGCUCGGAUCCCUGAAGAGGCAUGUCGGCGUUAUUCACGAACGUAUGUCUCCUUUUUCUAGCAUGUUUGCCUCUUUCAUACUCAUGCUGAUGUAAUCCUAGUUUGUUGUUGGUCCUUUUAAACGACAUCUUUCCGUGGAAAGUGAAAAAACUGAUUUUACUUAGGAACAGAGUGAUAACAAUUGUGCCGACACGCACUUUUUUUUGAAGGCCUUAACGUGUAGGCAUGCAAACAUUGGUGGAUGAUUUUCCAGCCGAAUUUUGACCUUGACUACUCCCAUGGCGUAAAACGACAGUGUCAGUUUCUAGCUUUACGGCUCGUAUUCCUUGCAUUUCCGAAACCACAGAGGAUGAUAGACGGAGCGCGUGCUUCAAUUUUGCUAUCUUUCCUUUGAUCGGACAUGGGAAUAUGGACCUCGCGCCAAAUUCGAGCUAGUUGGAAGAAUUUUAAUUUCGGAAAAAUUGGGACAUAUCUGGUCUUUUUUAUUUGCAUUUCAGGACUUCACGAGUUCACGUGUGAGAACUGCGGCAGGGUCUUUACGCGACUUGGUUCCAUGAAGAGGCAUGUCGACGUUGUCCACAAAAGUACGUUCCUCUUCACCAGACGCACAGUUCGUGGCAGGUGUCGACAUUAACGAAUGACUGUUACUCACUCACAAAUCGACACCGAUGUGUGGACCCAAUAUAUAACAACAUUGAGAGAAUUAAAAACACGAAUUGUUGACGGCAAUGUCGCAUUGCCUAGAAAUACCAUUUGUUUUUCUAGAAAAGCGGAAAGUCCAGAAAACUUCGAAAAUGAUUGUAGUUGUGUGAACUUCAGUUUUAUUUCUACAGAAAGCCUGUCUGUAUGGAACACUGAGUAGGUAGGGGGGCACAAAUAAAAAUCUUCUGAAAGUAAUAUUUUACUGAAAUUAACGUUAAAACGGUUUUCUGAGGAUUCGUGAUAAUCUUUACGCUUUUGCAUUGGUUGAAAUGCGGUUCAAUAUGACAAACUAGAUUUUAAUUGAUUCCGCCGAUAGGGACGUCAUUGGGACACAAGUUUUUACAAGGACACAUGUUGGCAGACGGGUUAGUGACGAAAAAAUCUAACUAUAUUGACAAACGUAAGCGUAAACAUACCAUUUUGUGUAUCUAAAGGGGAUAUUUCUUCAGCGAAAUUAAUUUGCACUUUUCGUUGUUCUAGAUUACGUUGAGUUCCUUAUCGGCCUUGAAAUAUCGUUUUAUUCAAUCAGGAAUGGGCGCACACCGAUCUAUUGGCUUCACAAAGCAAACAAGCUCCGUAUGUGUGGCAAAGGUCACGAACAGGCAAAUAAUUACCAGGCCGAAGUCGGCCAAGUCAUAAUAGCAGCGAGGAGGUAGGACAGAGUAUGCGGGUAGAUUGAUACAGUACUGUUUCGGGCUUAUUCUGCCUUCAUUCAGCCAAUCAUAACCCUGACCAACAGCUGGGACCAGGAACACAAACAUGCGCCCGAAACAGUACUGCACCAAUCUACCCGCAUUCUCUGUCCUACCUCCUCGCUGCUAUUAUGAAUUGGCCGACUUCGGCCUGGUAAUUGGUUGCCUGUUCGUGACCUUUGCCACACAUACGGAGCUUGCUUGCUUUGUGAAACCAAUAGAUCGGUGUGCGCCCAUUCCUGAUUGACAAAUACUCGAUCUGCAGCGACAGAGAAUGACAGGUGGCGAGGCACUGAUGAACUUCGGUUCGAUGAAGUGCUUAUGACUCAUCUGGUAGGCGCCUCAGUGGUGGACCGACUGCGCCAGGUGCGUCUGUGCGCAUGUUUGUGUUUCUGGCCGCAGCUGCUGGUGGUCAGGGUUAUGAUUGGCUGAAUGAAGGCACACUAAGCCCGAAACAGUACUGUAUUAAUCUACCCGCAUUCUCUGUCGUCCCUCCUAGCUGAUAUCGUUUUAUGAUUUUCAUUGUUUCCUUUCAAUUGCUCGUAGGAAAUUAUUCUGUAUUAUGUUAGUUGAAACCUUUAAAAUAAGAUACGUCUUGGCGGCGUCUAUCGAAUUAGUAGGUAAUUAGAUGCUCUCUUUCAUGUAGAAUGUCGUUUGGGUCACAUUUUAAUACUCGCACAAACAGAAGACCUUAUCGAAUAAAAUGGACGUCCACAACAAAAGUCAACAACAAAUAUGACUUCGAUCAACAAGAGAAAAAAAACGGUGAGAUCGCAGUUCGUAGCCUGGGAUUCUAAGUCAACAUUGUUGCCGUACUUGCUUCCUACCAGUAGGCGUGUUUAAAUUAAGUUUUAUAGUUCUCUUAUAAGUUCGAGGAGUGCUUUAAUACUACAAUAGGUUAACGGAUGUCUGAGUACCUUGGUUUUUUACAUGAUAACGACUCAGGCAAACAGAAAGCCUCAUCAUCGAGUGAAAUAAACGUCCACAACAAAAGUCAACAACGAAUAUGACUUCGAUCAGCAAUAAAACAUUCUUUUAUGAGUUGCCUUUUUAAAGAGUGCUCUAAUACUACAUUCCAUUGACGGAUGUCUGAGUGCCUUGGUUUGUUACACGAUAACGCCAGAAAACGUUUGACACUUUUGACUGUUUCUUUCAAGUUGCUAAAAAUACUGAUAUUUUUCUACCACAAAUGUAAAAAUAGGCUUUUCUCUUUACAUUACGUCAAUUUUCAUCAUUUCUACCCACGUUUAGGCUCUGUCAUACGAUUAUGAAUGCGCCGCUGUGUGGCCAGAUAAAUAUCUUUUUGCUCGCUCCAUUUCUACAGAAACCAGACCUCACGAUAAGUAAGGUUUCAUGUGUUCAGAACUGGGAAUAAUCAUUCGGUGGUAGCAAUUUCUGUGACGUCUAAUAUAACUUUCCAAAAGGCGAAACAAUUUCAGUCCAUUUAGACGAAGGAUUGCCUUUAUGCGUUUUUACUGCACUAUAGGGCAUCACAUCGCACAGAUUUGUUAAUCCAACAUCUUAAAAUUUAUAAAACACUUGGUCAAUAGAGGCGAUGAGACGAGUUCCAGGAAGCAGUCGUGAAGAAGAAGACACGAUCGAUGGGGCAAGAGCUUUAUUCGCCUGACGUUUCGGAUUCCUGCUUGAGCCCAUCAUCAGAAACAAAAGCAGAUACGGUUGGCUCAUGCACAAGGGACUGCAGUCGCCAUGCUACCGCAUAUCUAUGAAUAUUCACGGCUUCCCCCUUCAUCCGGUAUCGUCGCACUUGGUGUGAUGACUGUUUGAUGGCCGACAUUCGCGUAGUUAAUUGCUGCAAUUUCACCACGUGUGUUAGAUGUUGGUGUAAGGAUUGCUCGACCAUCUGCCGCACUGACCCUGACGUUGGGGAGAAUGUUCACCUGCGCGCUUCCCGCGUGGUUAAUUACUCCGCCAAGGCGAAGUCUGGUUUUCCAAAAUAAACCUGUGUGAUAGCAAACUGAUUCCCGCGGUUAGCAUCCACACGCUGGUUGUUUUUCUGUCGACUGCAGGAUGGUGCCUUCGGUCGGUCAAAUUAUGUACUGUUGCCCUUUUUUAGAACUACGAGACCAUGCAUGUGACGUUUGCGGAAAAAGUUUUGCCCAAAUUGGAGACCUGAAGAUCCAUGUUGACGCCGUCCACAAGAGUGCGUCCAUUUUCCUUUACUGUUCUUACCUCUCACAUGGAUUAAUACCGUCCGGGAAGCAUUUCUUCUGGUAUAUUUUGGUAGUUUUGGUAACCAGUUAAAUUGAUUUAUAAAACUGCAAUUUGACAUCUAGCUCCGGCAGCGAAUUUUGAGUUUUGAGAGUGGUGUGCUAGCAGACAAGCCGCUCGCAGAGUGAGAAACAUACUAAUGACAAUCUCGUCUUUAAACUUUUUUAUUUAUUUUAAGACGUCCCGGAAAAUAUGCAUUCACUAUUGUCUUGUGUAGUUUUAACUCCAGAAAUGCACAUUUGGCUCUUCAGAAGCGUCCUUUCCUUCCUUUCUAACCACCACCGUUAGACCUUGUCAGCCUUAACAUGUGAUCAUAGCUACUCAAACAGUGCUACUGAAAUGAUAUCAGUAACGCAUUUGUAAUCGUUUUGGUUUCGUGACGUGACAUAUUUCCCAUAGCACGUUAGACAAGGUUUUCGACUCAAACUCUCUUAACCAUACUGAGCUAAACUGUCUAAGCCCUUUCUGUUUUUUUUCAGAUCUGAGAGAGUAUACCUGUUACAUUUGUGGCAGCGCCUUUACCUACAGGGCACACCUCUCGCGGCAUAUCGACGCAAUCCACAACCGUAUGACUCCCUGCAGUUACCAUUUUGUUUCGGUCUCGGUUCUUUAGCAACUUUAUUAGCGGCUUUCGCUGCGCGUGUCUUACACUCUGCUUUUUUGUAACUGUUGAUAGUAAUUGGUGACCUCACUUUAGAAAACUAGUGUCAAUCACACUUAAAUUUCAAAUAGCGAAAUAUUAGUGCGAUUGGUAUCAUCAGUUUUAUUUUUAGUAGUGCUAGCAUGUGGACGUGGUCUUUGCAUGUUUUUAGUCCCAUUAGAUUUUCCAGACGGCUUUCCAACUGCAUUUAUGUCUUAACAACUUUAAACAGGUAAACUCAAAAUGUAAGUACAAUUACUACUACUACUACUGCUGCUGCUGCUGCCGCCGCCGCCGCCGCUACUACUACUACUACUACUACUACUACUACUACUACUACUACUACUGCUACUACUACUACUACUACUACUGCUACUACUACUACUACUAAUACUACUACUACUACUAUUACUACUUCUACUGCUACUAUUACUACUACUAAUACUACUACUAUUACCACUACUACUACUACCACUACUGCUGCUGCUGCCGCUGCUGCCGCUGCUGCCGCUACUACUAUUACUACUACUACUACUAUUACUACUACUACUACUACUACUACUACUACUACUACUACUACUACUACUACUACUACUACGUCUACUACUUCUUCUACUACUAAAGGUCUACUACUGAAAGCCGCCUUUGCGCAGCGUACAAAAAUUGACCUUUUCCUUUCAGUCUAUGCACAAUAGGGAUAUCUUUUUGGCAUCGGAAUCAUCCUCCAGUUAUUCUUUCGAAAUGGGCUUUCUGUGAUGUAGGCUGAAUCUCAGUUGUACGAAAUAUGCCAAUUAAAUGUAAAUUGCAAAUUCGCAAAUUUCAGGUAGAUCGGUAUCAUGCUUCGGAUGCUAUGCUGUAUUAGGGAGCAACAUGCUGUUUGAUCGACGUGGACGGUAUCCUUAUUAUGUUUAGUCUCACAUACCAACUUAAGAGAGCGUUUAUUGGAUUGAUGGUUACCGGAAGGAGUUUAAACCACUCUUUACCGGCCUGCACUAUUUGUCUCAAUUUCAGAGUUAGUUUUUUCAGCUAUCGAUGAGCUGCACAUCCCAAAGUCCCUUAUCCCCUAUUUUUUGGUUUUUUAGAAAUACGAGGAUACACCUGCGAGACUUGUGGCAAAACGUUCACUCGAAAGACAUGCAUGAAGGAGCACAUAAACCGGAUACACAAGCGUAAGCUGCAGCUUGUUUUAUCUUCCAGGGUUUUGUAUAACUUUCGCGAAUAA